AUGGCGACGAGUCCGAUAAAAACCAUUAAAUGUGUUGUAGUGGGCGAUGGUGCAGUUGGUAAAACUUGUCUAUUGAUAACUUACACAACGAAUACGUUUCCCGUUGAAUAUGUGCCAACUAUCUUCGAUAGUUAUGCGGUUACCGUUAUGAUUGAUGGUCAACAACACACUAUUGGGCUCUACGAUACAGCUGGCCAAGAGAGUUAUGAUCGUCUUCGUCCAUUGUCUUAUCCUAGUACAGAUAUCUUUCUUGUUUGUUUCAGCGUUGUUCUACCCUCAUCGUUUAUAAAUAUUCGUGAGAAAUGGGUGCCAGAAAUAUCGCAUUAUAACCCUCAUACACCAUACAUUCUCGUCGGUACUCAAAUUGAUUUACGCGAUGACAAAGCCACGAUCGACAAACUACAACGAUCAAAACAAUUACCAGUCUCAAAAGCACAAGGCGCAAAAUUAGCAAAACAAAUAAAUGCAGUCAAAUAUGUUGAAGUAUCAUCAAAAACAGAGAUUGGUAUAAAGGCAGUAUUCGAUGAAGCUAUUAUAGCAGUUUUGCUUCCAAAAAAAGUGAGAAGACGUCAUACUUCAUGUUCAUUGUUGUGAAAAUUUGUCAUUUUUCUGUUGUUGGUAUUUUUAUAAACUUAAAAUAAAUAAAAUAUAUUUCUUCAUACCACUGAUGAGUAGAAAAUUUAUCAGUGACAAGUCUUCUGCUCGUAGAGUGAAUUUGAAUUUAUUUUGAGUACGCUCAAGAUAAAAUAUCACUUCUUUCCUCAGAACAAAACGUCGAGACAUUUCAGUUAGACUGUGAUUAGCAUCGAAAAUUAUUCCAAAAAUCUAUGUUUUCUUAGAAAAUUUUUCGAUAAGCAGCGAUGAUUCCUUGAUAAAUGAGUUACGCGAACACCCACUAAUAGUCUAGAUUUAAUUCAAUCCGAUAUAGUCAAUAGAUGGAGCUCGUCGAACUGAUAAUAGUAACAUCGAAUAAAAAGUUAGUAUUUAAUAAUGACUACUAACGAUUAAAACACAGUCAUUAACACCUAAAAAAGACACAUGCUACAUGCUACUUAGGGGUGGGACAGUUCCAGUUCCUAAGAACUGGUACCAGUUCCCGUUCUUUUGAACGGAAAUGGUAAGCAGUUCGUGUUGAACAAGAACUGAACUAGAACUGUCCCAUCCCUAAUGCUACUCGACUCUCAGCGUUGGAUAUUUUUUAUACUUACUAAAUUCUAACGUAACAGAGGUGCUGACAAAUAGAGACUUUAAUCUACUGUCUAUUUCCAUGCAGAUGAAAAAAGUCGUUCGGGGGUGCAGCGAGUACUCCAAAAUAGGCCCUCGCCAUGGGCUCAAACCCUCGGAAAAUGACACUUCGGAUCCUGGAUAUAAGGUUUCGAGGGGUAACGAUUUCGAGCCCUUGGAUUUCAGACAUGUAGCUGGCCCUCGAGAAAAUUUUCGAGCCGUCGAACAGAGAUGUUCGGGAUUUCCGAGCCCUCGUCGCAUCCUCAGGGGAGCAAGGGCUCGGAAAUCCCGACCAGCUCUGUUCGCCGGCUCGAAAAUUUAAUCGAGGGCCCGCUCCAUGUCUGAAAACCGAGGGCUCAACAUCAAUACCCCAC